AUGUUCUUACAGGAUCCUUCACAAAAUGAAGAAAAACAUCAUGCUGUUUCUAACAAUCAUUAUGUUCUCAACGCGCAAAGAUAUUCGGCCCACAAUAUGACAUAUCUCGACAAAUCAGAAAAUUUACUAAGAGUGCCAAAGAAAUACUACGAAGAAAGGAAAAGGAAGCAAAAAACAUUAAAGAAGCUGCCGAAAAGAACUGUGCAGAAGAUAAUUAAACAGACUAAAUCUAAAUAUAGAAGAAGUUUCAAUCAAGCUACUAUUCAGCCUACCCAAGUAUCAGAAGAUUUCAAUCUAAUAGACAAAUCACUAUCCGAUAAAUUAGAUAAUAAAGCAACUACUCAAGUUAAUCAAAGAAAGAAGUCAAGAAAAAACAUAAAAUUGAUGCGGUAUCCAAUGCCGUUCCAGAAAAUUUCCUAUCAUAAUAGAUAUAGACGAGAUAAUGAAAGAGAUGUUUACAUAUUAAAUGAUCUUGAUGAAAUCGAGUUCUUGAGUAAUGAGGAUGGUUAUGAUGUGGUUAAUGCACAUGUUAAAAACUAUUGGUGA